AUGUUAACUGUGACUUAUGGAACCGUGCCAGCAUCAUUUCUAGUCACGAAAUCAAUCGAAAAAUUAGCCGAACUAGAAGCAAAUCAAUUUCCAAUUGGCGCGUUAAUAGCACUGAGAGAUUUCUAUAUAGAUAAUCUUCUAUCAGGUGCUGAUUCUUUGCAAGAGGCUUUAAUAAUUCGUGACCAAGUAGCAGCACUUCUUCUAUCAGGAGGAUUUGUGCUUCGACAAUGGGCUUCCAACAAUGAAGACCUCCUAAAGGACAUUCCAGGAAACGUAAUGGACAACGCUAUUCUUGAAUUAGAUAAGGACGGCUCUGUCAAGACAUUGGGUGUCAAGUGGAAUCACGCAAAAGAUGCGUUUCAGUACUCCAUCAAAAUAGCCAUUCCUGUAUCGUGCACAAAGAGGUCAAUGUUAUCGAGUAUAGCACAAAUAUUCGACCCUCUUGGAUUAUUGGCUCCAUACUUAAAUAGAUUCUGUAUCCCCCGUCAAGUGGUUGAGAAUCAUCCUGAUGCAGAGAUCCAACUUCAUGGAUUUUGUGACGCCAGUGAACGAGCCUAUGGUGCUUGCGUCUAUAUCCGAUAUCUCGAUCACAAUAAGUCACCUCAAGUUUAUUUGUUAUGUGCGAAAUCCAGAGUCGCGCCCCUUAAGAUAAUUUCGAUCCCUAGAUUGGAAUUGUGUGGAGCUCAAUUAUUAGCUCAAUUGUUGGACAAGAUUAAAGCUUCAUUGUACAUUAAAAUAAAAAAAGUUAGUUACUGGACUGAUUCGCAGAUAGUGUUGUGCUGGAUCAGGGCGACUAAUAAAAAGAUGCCAGUCUUUGUUGCCCACAGGGUAGGAGAAAUCCAAGAGUUGACUUCGGUCGAAGAUUGGAACCACGUAGGAACGAAGGAGAACCCGGCAGAUCUAGUAUCAAGAGGCACAUCUCCGAAUGAAUUAUGCAGUUCUCAGUUAUGGUGGAAUGGGCCUACAUGGCUGAAGAAUCAGAAUCAAAUAGACGAGCAAGUGGAACUCGAGGAUAUCGAGGAUAGCCCUGAAGAGCAUCAACACGAACAAACCAUGCUAGCAAUCUCUAAGCCGCCUGAGGAUGAUCUUUUAAGUAGAUUCUCUACUUUUCGAAGACUCGUUCGGGUCACGGCUACUUGCCUGCGGUUUGCAGAUCGGUGCAAGAAAAGGAACGAAGUAAAAUCGUUGCAGCCUUUAACAGUAGAAGAGUUGGAGCAUGCAAGAGUAUGUUUGGUCAAGAGGGAGCAGCUAUCUGCGUUUGAGGCAGAAAUACGUGCCUUACAAAAAAACAAAAUUAUACCCAGGAACAGCAGCUUAAGACAUCUUACUCCUUUUUUGGAUAAUCUCGGCCUGUUGCGUGUGGGAGGCAGAUUGAAGCAUGCGGAACUACAAUAUGAAACUAAGCAUCCGCUGUUGUUACCCCAUCACUCCAGGCUCACCGAGUUAAUCAUUCUACAUGAACAUACAAGACAUUGUCAUGCUGGAGCAGAUGCUACUCUGGCAGCUGUGCGACAAGUUUAUUGGCCUAUCAGGGCGCGCGGCACAGUUAAAAAAUUAAUUCGUAAUUGUAUUAGGUGUUUCAAGUUAAGACCACGUGGUUCUGAGCAAAUAAUGGGCGAUUUGCCAAUUAAUAGAGUAACUCCAUCAAAACCAUUUAGCAAUACAGGAGUUGAUUUUUGUGGACCCAUAUAUGUACGAGAAGGCAGAAGGAGAAGAGCUAAGCGUGUCAAGGCUUACGUCGCUAUAUUCAUAUGUAUGGCAGUCAAGGCCGUACAUUUAGAGGUGGUCUCCGACAUGACCACGGAUGCGUUUCUCAAUGCAUUUAAACGGUUUAUUAGUCGCAGAGGAAGACCGGUUAACGUCUACUCGGAUAACGGUACCAACUUUGUUGGGGUUAAUCGAGAGUUAGAGAAAUGCAAGGAGCUUUUUUCACUAGAACAACAAGGACACAAUAUUGUGGAAUACUCAGCUUCAGAAGGAAUUAAAUGGCAUUUUAUUCCGGCUCGUGCGCCACGUUUUGGAGGCUUGUGGGAAUCCGCAGUAAAAUCUUUUAAGAAUCACUUUUAUAAGACCACUGUAGAGGCAGCAAUGACUUUCGAGGAAGCGUCUACGCUAGUGACGCAGAUAGAGGCUAUAUUGAAUUCUCGUCCUUUAACCGCGUUAUCCACCGAUCCUAAUGAUUUAAGUUAUUUAUCUCCAGGUCAUUUUCUUAUAGGUAGUACGGUAACAUCUUAUCCAGAGGCGGACAUAACGGAUAUAAAAAUCAAUCGACUGUCCAGAUGGCAAAUGAUAGAACAAAUACGCCAACAUUUCUGGAGAAAAUGGUCGUCAGAGUACUUGCUUAAUUUGCAACGGCGCAAUAAAUGGUUGUCGAAUGUUGGACCUCCAAUCAAGGUGGGUCAAUUGGUCCUGUGUCGAGAAGAUGGCUUACCACCUUUAAAAUGGUCUCUUGGGCGAGUAAUAUCAGUAUUGCCAGGAGCGGAUAAAAUCGUUAGAACGGCUGUUAUAAAAACCUCCACGGGAGAAUAUAAACGUCCAGCUGUCAAACUUUGCGUAUUACCGAUAGAAGAUUGC